AGAAGACGGUCGCCGCUUCGCCCCACGACACACAUUUACACGGGACACAAGUGAUUAUGAGUUCUUCUAAAAGUAAUAAUUCCGCUAAAAGUGCUGUUGCGGAUGGCAAUUCAGAUGCUAACGACGAAGAUAAAAACGAGCUGUGUCCCGGUUUCAAAGACGCGGAUGCCUUCGUUAAACAUGGAUUGGGUGCUGUGUUGUCAGCAACCAAAGAGUCCUCCGGCUUACCUCAGACUGGAGAUGAAUAUGACUUCUAUCGGAGCUUCCCAGGCUUUCAGGAGUUCUGUGACAGUCAGGGAGAUCAGAUUUUGCACUGCAUGAGUCAGAUAAUGCAGUACCACGGCUGCAGAUCUCACAUCAGAGACCAGAACAAGCUCACAGGGGUGGAGGAGAGGUUUGAUCUGGUUGUGGACUCGAAUGACGUUAUCCUUGAAAGAGCGGGGAUUCUUCUUGAUGAAGCCGAUGGAGUGAACAGGGGCCAGAAGCCCGUCAUGCCUGUUGGGUUUCAGCCUCCCAAAAUUGUUGUUUCCAGCUGGAAUCGCAAGGGUCUCGGCUCCGGCAGUCGUUCUGAGACAUUCAGACUGCUCCACGCCAAGAACAUAGCAAGGCCUCAGCUGAAAUUCAAGGAAAAAAUUGACAACAGCAACACACCUUUUACUCCCAAAAUCUUCAUAAAACCCAAUGCAGUAAAGCCACUCCCAUCUUAUUUCACUAACCAACAAAUACGUAAAGAGAGGCCAGAGGACCUGGAUGUCCCAGCUGCCCUUGCUGACUUUAUUCACCAGCAAAGAACUAAGGAAUAUGUUGAAGACAUGUUUGCUCACCCAUACCAAUAUGAGCUGGACCACAGCACGAUAGCAGAAAGCCUUCUGUCCAAACCAGAGCCUCAGAUGUACAAACCAGUGGAGGAGACCAAGCUGUCCUUUGUUGACACACUAGAGGACCUAGUGGCUCUGAAUGAGAAGCUCUGCAAACUGCCUGAAUUUGCAGUAGACCUUGAGCACCAUUCCUACAGGAGUUUCCUUGGCCUCACCUCUCUGAUGCAGAUCUCCACCAGAGAAGAGGACUACAUUAUCGACACACUCGAGCUACGCAGCGAGAUGUACAUCCUGAAUGAGGCGUUCACUGAUCCAGCUAUUGUAAAGGUGUUUCAUGGUGCUGAUUCUGAUAUUGAGUGGCUCCAGAGAGACUUUGGCUUGUACGUUGUCAACCUUUUUGACACGCAUCAGGCGAGCCGUGCCCUCAACCUCGCCAGACAUUCCCUCGACCACUUGCUCAAACACUUCUGCAAGGUGGAGUCGGACAAACGCUACCAGCUAGCUGAUUGGAGGAUUCGGCCUUUGCCAGAGGAGAUGGUGCAGUAUGCCCGGACAGACACCCACUACCUACUUUAUAUCUACGACUGUGUGAGGGUGCAGCUUCUGGAUGUCAAUCAUGGACAACAUGGCCUCAUACAGCGUGUUUGGAACAAGUCCAGAGAAAUUUCCUUGAAGAAAUACGUGAAGCCUAUUUUCACAGAGGAGUCAUAUUUGCAGCUGCAGAGGAAGCAGAAAAAGUCUUUUAACACCCAGCAGCUCACUGCCUUCAGACUGCUGUUUGCCUGGAGGGACAAGCUGGCCAGGAUGGAAGAUGAAAGCACCGGAUAUGUCCUGCCCACACAUAUGAUGAGCAAAAUAUCAGAGGAACUGCCUCGAGAGCCUCAGGGUAUCAUUGCCUGCUGCAACCCUGUACCACCAAUGGUGAGGCAGCAGGUUAAUGAGCUACAUCUGUUGGUGCAGCAAGCCAGGGAAAUGCCCCUCCUGAAGGCUGAGGUUGCAGCUCAAAAUAAAAAAGGAUUCACACCCAUUAAAAAGACAGAAGUAACAUUGUUUGGUCCACAUGAUACAUCCAAGACUAGUGAAAGUGAUCUUCCGCAUUUCCCACCCAACGAAGUGCCCGUGAAACAAGGGGCCCUUUUCUCAGAGGAUGAGCCAAAGACGGACGACGAUGAGCUGAAAGGAAGCGAUCUUUUAGCACAAGCUAAAAUCACAGUGUUUCAGGAGCCCGAAACGCAGGAUGAACAAAAGUCAAUGUCGGUGUCUCAGAUGAAAGCCAGACGUAUCAUUGAGUCUUUUGAAAACCCUUUCAGAAUGUAUUUACCCUCCACUAAUGUCCGUGUCAACAAGAAUGCCAAGUUUGACCCCUCUUCAAAAAUAUUUGAGAUUAGCAAAAGAUGGAAACUUCAGAGUAUUGAACAGCAACAGAAGGAACAGGAGACAAAGAGAAAGUCCAAAGAAGCGAGGCAACAAGCAAAGAAAGUAAAAGAGCAAAGAACCAAGGCUAAACAAAGCUAUCAGGAGUCUCUACAGAAUGUCGCCACAGUGCGCCAGCAAGCAGCGGAAUCAGCAAAAGCUGAUGGAAAGAAAAGAGAGCAGGCUUCCAGUCCGGUUGGAGAGGUGACUCCCAAACCAAGCAAGAAACUGAUGAAAGCGGCAGAGACGCCCCAGAAAACAGAAGCUCCUCCCCAAGAAAGCUUCAAGCCCUUCGACUACAGCAAGUCAGACCUCAAAGUCUUUGCUGGUAACAAAUCGAAAGAUGGCACACAGUUUGAUCCAAACCGGCAAACCGGUAAUUUUAAGAAAAAGAAAACUCCCCAGGGACAAAAGAGCAACUUUGCAGCUGGAAACAAAAGUAUGUCAUACAUGGCUGGCAAAUCAGAGAGAGGAUUUCGCCAUAACUGGCCGAAGAGAUAGGCUCUUUGUUGCAAUUUUCUUUGAUUUAGAACAUCCUGCAGAUGCAGUGUCUCUUCAUUUUUUUCCCCCUUGUUGCAAGGGAAUUUCAUGUUUUUGAAAUUGUAUUUUUUUUCCAUCAAUAAAACUGUGUGCCCUGUAAAUAUGUGGAAGCACACAGCUUUUUAAUAAAGUUGAUUUUUUGGGGGGAAAAGGUUUGGGAAUCUUUUUACUUGUGUUUUUUCUAAAAAGACUAAAAUAUGGUGUAUAUCCAAGCAUUAAUCAAAACAUGUGUGAGCUGAAAAGUGACUUUUUUAUGUACAUUAUACAUUCCAUAAUACUUCUACAAUUUGCAAAGGUUAACCCACCACCAAAAUGUGUCCUUUUCUUUUGCCAGAAAUGUAUAGAAACAUCUUCAUUUUUAUUCCCCCUUUAGCGUUGCACUCUGAAAUAAUAUGCACCAGCUUUCAGAGACUCGGCUCGAUUUAGGAUUGUGGCUGCAAAGAUUUUCUUCUAUUUAUCUUGGAGUACUGAAAAUCUAUAACUUUAUCUCAGGGUCUUACCAUAACCCUUGUCUCAGUCAGUACCAAAGUAAAUUACGACUGCGCCAUUGAUGCUGUUUUUUCCCACUAAACACACCCAGCUGCACCUUCUUAUUCAGAACUCAGGCAUCUAUCGACUGUAAUCAAAAAGUGACCAUAUUAUUCCCAACUUAAAGGGGUUUUUCGGUCCAUUACAGAAGUUACUUGCAAGUCGAUAAAGCCUGUUACGGUGUGAUACUCAUCAUUUUUCCAUUUACCAGCCAGGCCAGUCCCAGCAGGUGACAGGACAACCAUCCUCUUCAGGGUCCCCGAGUUCAUUCCUUUAAUCUUCUUGUCUACUUCAGAGUGAUAUCAGUUCAAGAUUUUUGAAUUGCUCGUAUAACGUGUAGUGAUGCUUGAAACUACUUUUCUCAUCAUUGGACAGGUUUUACAAUUUUUCAGUGAAACGAGUCAGAUUAAUGAUCUGUGGCAUCAUUGAAACCUUUGUCAGUUAGAUGUUAAAAUCUAAAGUACCUCCUACAGAUAUUCAAUGCAGUAAAACGUCAUUAAUCCCCAUAAGGGGAAUUGCAUUACAGACAGUGAUUUGCUGACUUCAUUUUUUUUUUAAUACUAUCCACUCAAAGCAAAAAUCCUUGAUAAUCUAAGCAUUUGGGUGUUCUUGUUUUUGUAUUUUAAUACACACAUAAUCAAACCUUCACAAUAGGAGGUCAAAACAUACUACUUCAAUGAGACCUGACUUCUGACACAGUAAUAUGAUAUAA